CAACCCAAUGUUAAGUACAGUAGCGUAUCUUUUCCAAGGCUCGCCUGGGAGGGCCCUCUCCGCCAUGGCGAUCUCCGUCGCCGCCGGCGUCCCCUUCCUCCUCUUCGUGGCCCUGCUGUCGCUGCCGCCCGGCGCCGCGGCGGCCUUCUCCUUCACCUACAACUUCACCUCAUCGGACACGGCGCCGUCGGGCAUCGCGUUCCAGGGCGACGCCUUCUUCAACAAGUUCAUCCGCCUCACCCGCGACGAGCGCAUCGGCCCCAUCACCAGCAGCGCCGGGCGGGCCUACUUCUCGCGCCCCGUCCCGCUCUGCGACCCCGUCUCCCGCCGCCCGGCCUCCUUCUCCACCGCCUUCUCCUUCUCCAUCGCCGCCCCCGACCCCUCCGCGGCCUCCGGCGACGGGCUCGCCUUCUUCCUCUCCCCUUUCCCCUCCGUGCUCCCCAACAGCUCCGCCGGCGGUCUCCUAGGUCUCUUCAACUCCUCCGCCCGCGGGGACGGCCGGGGGCACCCGCGGCGCCCGCUCGUCGCCGUCGAAUUCGACACCUACAAGAACGAGUGGGACCCCAGCGACGACCACGUCGGCGUUGACCUCGGCGGGAUCGUCUCCGCCGCCACCGUCGACUGGCCCACCAGCAUGAAGGACGGCCGGAGGGCCCACGCCCGCGUCGAGUACGACGGCAAGGCCAAGAACCUCACCGUCGCGCUCUCCUACGGCGACGCAGCCCCGACGGACGCCCUUCUCUGGUACUCCGUCGACCUGAUGGAGUACCUUCCCGACGCCGUCGCCGUCGGCUUCUCGGCCACCACGGGCGAGGCCGCCGAGCUGCACCAGGUGCUGUACUGGGAGUUCACCUCCAGCAUCGACCCCAAGGAGGAGACGGUAAUCCUGUGGGUGGUGUUAGGAUUGUGCGGUUUGCUUCUCGUGCUCGUCGUCGCAGGCGUGCUCUGGUUUGUGACGCAAUGGAGGAAAGCCGGAGAGCUCGCCGGUGGCGGCAUCGACGACGAAAUGGGGUACGACGAGCUCGCUGACGAGGAGUUCUUCGUGGAGAGCGGGCCGAGGCGGUUCCGGUACAGCGACCUUGCGGCGGCGACGAAGAAUUUCUCCGACGAGAGGAAGCUCGGGCAGGGCGGCUUCGGUGGGGUGUACCGGGGGUUCCUCAAGGAGCUCGGGUUGGCGGUGGCGAUCAAGAGGGUGUCCAAGGGCUCGACGCAGGGGCGGAAGGAGUACGCGGCGGAGGUGCGCAUCAUCAGCCAGCUGCGCCACCGCCACCUCGUCCGCCUCGUCGGGUGGUGCCACGAGCACCGCGGCGACUUCCUGCUGGUAUACGAGCUCAUGCCCAACGGCAGCGUCGACCACCACCUCUACGGCGGCAAGCAGGGCGCCGCGGCGCCGCCGCCGCUCUCAUGGCCGACGCGGUACAACGUCGCGCUGGGCCUCGCGUCGGCGCUGCUCUACCUCCACGAGGAGUGCCCGCAGUGCGUGGUGCACCGCGACAUCAAGCCGAGCAACGUCAUGCUCGACGCCGCCUUCGGCGCCAAGCUCGGCGACUUCGGCCUCGCGAAGCUCGUCGAGCACGGCAGCCAGCCGCGCACCACCGUGCUGGCCGGCACGCUGGGCUACCUGGCGCCGGAGUGCGUCGUCACGGGCAGGGCCAGCCGGGAGUCGGACGUGUACAGCUUCGGCGUCGUGGCGCUGGAGAUCGCGUGCGGCCGCCGCCCCACGGAGCUCGACGAGGAGCCGAGCAAUGCGAGGCUGGUGCCGUGGGUGUGGGAGCUGUACGGCAAGAAGACCAUUCUUGCAGCGGCGGACCGGAGGCUCAACGGCAAGUUCGAUCUGGAGCAGAUGGAGCGGCUUAUGGUGGUAGGAUUGUGGUGCGCUCACCCCGACUACGCGCACCGGCCGAGCGUCAGGCAGGCGCUGAACGUGCUCAAGUUCGAGGCGCCGCUGCCAUUGCUGCCGCCGAAGAUGCCGGUGCCGUCGUACUUCCCGCCGCCGGACUUGGCUGCUCCGGUGUCCGUCGCGGGAACGUCGAGCACGGAAUGCACGGGCGUUAGUCAGUGUGGAUCCUCGGGGUCCAAUCCCGUAGGAUCGGAGAUCAAUGAUAGACGAAUUGAUCCAUGAGCAGAUUUUUGGAGCUCAACUGUAGCUAUGCUUACUUCUUGUGUCUAAUUUUUCAGGUUUUGUUUGACCACAUACAUGGAGUGGCAGAUGUACGGUGUAGUUUGAAACUUUGACAUGUGCAUAUAAUCAAAAUGUGACGAGGAUCGUUGAUUCAGAGGGAGGGGAUAACUAAAAAUGUAUUAAGCUUUGAGUGCGAAAGCAUCUACUUAUCAGCUGGGCUUGUAGAAUCCAAAAAUAAAAAAUAAACCAG